CCCCCAGACUCCCAGUCCCACCACCGGCGCCGGCGAGUCGUCCACCGGAUCCGGCCGCCAUGGAGUCCGGGGCGCCUCCCGCGUUGCCCUGCCCCGUCGACGACGACGACGACGAUUUCUACUGGGACGCCGAGGCCGAGGCGGAGCUCCAGGCCAUCGAGGCCGCCUACGCCGCCGAGUCCGCCAAGCGCCGCCGCCUCCCCGACUGGUCCAAAACCCCCGCCGCCCCCGCCCCCGUCCGCCCACGACCCAACCCGGCCCCCGCGGCCGCGAGCGCCUCCUCGCCGUCGUGGGUCCUCUCGCCCCCCACUUGCCAAGGGAGUGUGAAGGCUAGGUACCAACAGGUGGCAUUCAGCGGCAAGAUAGUGUACUGCCGGACAGCAAUUGAAGUGGAGAAAGCUACACGGGAGAUUGUGCGCAAAAUCGAAAGCAUGAAGGCCUCUGGCCAGGUCUCCCUUGGUUUCGAUCUCGAGUGGAAACCCUUUCCCAGAAGAGGAGAACCGCCUUGUAAAGUCGCGCUAAUGCAGUUAUGCAUGGACAAAACUCAUUGUUAUCUCAUGCAUAUCAUUCACUCUGGGGUGCCUCCCAUCUUGAAAUCUCUUUUGGAGGACAGUUCAUCCGUUAAAGUUGGAGUAUGUAUAGACAACGAUGCAAGGAAAAUGUUCAAUGAUUAUGAAGUACGUGUACAACCAUUGAUGGAUUUAUCAACUGUUGCAAAUGUCAAGUUAGCUGGGCCUUAUAAAAGAUGGAGUCUUGCUGCAUUAACCGAAAUGAUCACAUGUAAAGAGUUACCAAAGCCUGGCAACAUAAGAAUGGGAAACUGGGAGUCUUUUGUUCUCUCAAAAAAGCAACUUGAGUAUGCUGCUACGGAUGCCUACAUCUCGUGGUACUUGUAUGAGGUACUACGGAGUCUUCCUGAUUAUACUCCUGAUAUUGAAACAGAGGUUGUUUAGGGAACAUAUUUGCAGAUACGCAAGAAAUCGGAAAGUGUACUGUUAAGCUAUUGAUGACUCCCUAGUGUUCUGUAACUUCACUUCUCAACCAGGGUUGAGUAGGAGGAUCUCCCCCCUAGAUCGGAACCAAAGGAUUGCGAGGAUGGUGAACAUUUGCUUAAAUCUGUUGUAGUAUUUUGUUCCUGUUGUGAUCUAAAAUCGUGAAGGUUAGCACCUUCACCGUGAAUCAUUGCUCAUUUAUCUUGAUCAUAUUAAUUGUUGCCGAGAACAAUUUGCGCCCAGUUUUUUGGCCAUCAAGAAUAAGUAAACAAAAGCUGAGCUUCCUGUCAAAAAAUGGGGAAUUUUGGUUGGGAUUAAUAAAUCCA